UACAGCCGAUGGUUCACUCUGGAUCAGAGGACGGUUUAUUGCGGAGGAUUCCGGACAUAGUCGAUGUAUCACGGUUGGAUUGCCGAAUGUGAUCCGACAGUCAAGGGGAGGCUACUUUGGAAGAACAAUUCCGACAGAACGCGGGAGUCGGAGUUCGAGUGCCAAUGUUUCAUAUACUGCAGUGUUGGUUGAUUAGUUAACCAAGUAACGAGGAUCCACCAUGAGUGAGAGAGCGCAGAAAUCACACAGGGAUAUGUACAAAUCCAGGACCCCACCCUGGAAAGAAACAUACAGAAAGCGUUGCUUUGAUCGACUUCGGGCAAAUCGUGAAAAGUUGAGAGAUCGGUUCCGCAAGUUACCAUCUGUCUCAAACAAUGAACUCUCCAUAGAAGAUCUCAUGAAACAAGAAUGGGCAGCCAUGCGCAGAGAACAUGAGGAGUACCUUUUAGACAUAGAGAAAGAUGAUGCCUUCGACAGCGUAGAUAUUGACCAUGUGUUGGACCUAUUUAAUGACAUUCAGCAAGAACUACAGCAAGAAGAGAUACGACUGAUAGAGGAAUAUGCCUGCUAUGAGAGAGGCACCCUUCAGCUUGAGGAGCAAAGUUUGUGCUCAGCCAUUGAUAAGCUGUCAACGGUGGAGGUUAUAUGUCCCAUGUGUAAAAAGAGUCCCCUGAGAGCCAAUAAGUCUGUGAUAUUUUGUGGAUGCGGACUUCGCAUUGACACUGAGCAAGACUGCCUGACCUUAUCCAAUGUGAAGCAUAUGUUGGAGACUGGUUUAGGGCAGCACAUUACUCAGUGUGAAUGUGAACCAGUCUAUAGUGUUGUAGCAGAAGGGGGGACCACCAACUUGCUCAUGACUUGCCCUGACUGUGAUUGGAUGUCGAUUGUGAUUUAGCCUCUGUGGACCAAUCAGAAUUCUCCAACCUGCACUGCCCCACAGCUUCCACCACAAGUGAAAAGACAUUUUACUUGGCUGGCUUCUUUCCCUUGAUCUGGAUUUCCCUGUUUAAUUAUAAAAUUAUUUAAUUUAUAUUUGUUUAUACCAUACAUUUUGAGUUGUUGUGUAUGAAGAAUUUAAUGGUCAUGCUCCGAAUGUUAUGCCCCCAUGCAUCUUCAUGCCGGCAAAAUAAAACGAUGGCUAUAAAUCCGUCUGUCUGUCUUAAAAUAACAUGAUAAGUUGUUGUUCUCUAGCACCAAUAUGCUUUAACUAUUUGAUUAUAAUUAAGUCCUCCCUUAUUAGCUCGGCUGUUUUCAGAGAAAACCCGAUGUAUUGUCAUAGCCAGCUCGUCGUCCGCGGUCCGCGUUGUGCUAAAACCUUAAAAUUUUGCUCUAAAAUCAAAGUGCUUCAACCUACAACUUUGAAACUUUAUAUGUAGCUGCAACUUGAUGAGUUUUACAUGCCACACCCAUUUUAGGGUCACUAGGUCAAAGGUCAAGGUCACUGUGACCUCUAAAUUGUUUUUUUAAUUCUGACAAGCUUUCAUUUAUUCAAAACUGCGCCCGCAGCCGAGCGUGGCACCCGUUAUGCGCUGCUCUUGUUACCUAUCUACCCACAUCAUCCAACUUAACUUUGACCAUUACUUUGGCCUUUUGUGCACUAUUUAUCACAUUUCUAUGACAUCUUGCAACAACUCCACGAUAUAUGGAUAGUUACACAGUUUUUGUUAUGGCCAAACCCAAUCAACCCAUAUCAUCCAACAUUAUUACAAUAGUCUUAAAAUUCAUUAGUUUUCAAUUUUUCUUGAGUAAUUUAGCACCAGUACUACAUGUAAACAGUUUUAUCACAUGCUAUUCCAUGUUUCCCAUGUAAUACAACCAUUACAUAUUUUUGUAUAUUACACAUUUUAAUAUGCUUAAUUUUCGUUUAUUAAAAUUGUGUUAUUUUGCUGAAAUGACCUUGCAACAUGAGAUGACGUCACGAAAUGUUAACAACAUUCGGGAUUAAUCAUUAUGUUUGCGUAAAUAUUUACAGAAUUUGCUCAUUUAAAAGCAUGUGAUAAAAAAGAUCUGUCAUAUCAUACCAUAUUUUAUUAAACUCGUCCAGGAAAUUCGUUAGUAAGCUCGCCAAAGGCUCGCUCACUAACUAAAUUCCUGAACUUGUUUAAUAAAAUAUGGUAUGAUAUGACAACUCGUGCCAGAUCCUAUAUGUAUCUUUUACCGACAAUUACCGAUCUACCCAUAUCACUUGACGUUUUCUUAAAAUUCUCUAUUCAGUUUCAACUGGGGACAUGUGCUUAUUAUAAUCAGAUUGCUGUUUCUGCUGAUAUGUCUAUUUAUUGUAUCAAUUGCUUGCCUGUUUAACAUGAAGGAAGAUGAUGCAUUAUGUGAAAUUUUAUAUAUAAAAAAGGUUACAGAUACAUCAAAUUUCUAGUAUGCUGUAAUAUUGACAUUUAAUAAGACAUUUAUAUACAAAAUAUUAAUAAUUUAUUUGUAACUUAUCUUCCUUAUUCUUUGUUUGCAUGCUGUUAAACUGACAUUUGACAUCAAAUGUACAUACAAAAUAGUUAAUAAAGAGAUUUGUAAAUCGC